UUUUUGAAAAUAUAAGCUCUAUAAUUUGUUAUGAAUAUGUUUAAUUUUCACAAUCUACCACUGAAAUGUGGAUGUAGGUUUCUGACUUUGUCAAUUGUCUGAAGGCUUCUUCAAAAAAGCAAUGGAGAAACUUCGGGGGGAAAACUAUAUAUAUAUUAGUGCUAUGUUUUCUAAACCAAAUGGAGAAUGUUCUUAUUAGCUCGGCCCUCGUUUGCACUCAGACCCAAAUGGAUUUUCUCUCUAUAUCUCAGGAAUUCAUGCUCUCUUACUACUUCGACCUGUCGUUCGCAAGCCAGUCAUGCUACACCGACGUUUCCAAAUCUAAAGCUUCUCAAUUCCGAUAUCUCAAACUGUAUGAGAAGCGGGUUAGUGGAACAAGCCCAGAGACUGUUCGAUGAAAUGCCUCAAAGAAAUGUUGUGACUUGGAACGCCAUGAUUCGUGGGUACUUCUUGAAUGGACGGUGUAGUGAUGGGAUUAGCUUGUUUCGUCGAAUGCCCGAGCGUGAUGUUUUCUCUUAUAAUACGGUGAUUUGUGGGUUGAUGCAAUGUGGGGAUGUUGAUGGUGCUAAGGAUAUUUUUGAUGUAAUGCCGUUUAGAGAUGUUGUGAGUUGGAAUUCAAUGAUUGCGGGAUGUAUUCGGAAUGGGUUACUAGAGGAAGCAAUUCAGUUGUUUUAUGGCAUGCCAUUGAAAAACGUAAUUUCUUGGAACUUGAUAAUUGGGGGGCUUGUAAAUAGUGGCAAACUUGAUUCGGCUGGAGAGUAUUUUGGUAAAAUGAGCAGGCGGGAUCUUGUGUCAUGGACCAUCAUGAUAUCGGGGCUUUCCCGCGCUGGACGGAUUGAUGAAGCAAGGGGGCUUUUCAAUAACAUGCCCACGAAAGAUGCUCGAGUUUGGAAUGUGAUGAUGGUCGGAUGUAUAGAGAAUGGGAAGAUUGAAAUGGCAGAGGAGUUGUUUAGGAUAAUGCCUGAACGAAACUUUGAUUCUUGGGACAACUUAGUGAAUGGGUUUGUUGGAAGCCGAAGGUUUGAUGAUGCUAGGAAGCUUUUUAUGGAAAUGCCAGAUAAAUGCCAGAAAACAUGGAACAAUAUUGUGCUGGCAAACAUAAGAAAUGGGCUAGUUUUACAAACUCAUGCACUUCUUGAAAAGGUACCAUAUGGUAAUAUAGCUUCGUGGACUAAUUUGAUUGUGGGAUAUUUUGGGAUUGGUGAAGUUGGAGUGGCGGUGGAGAUUUUUGAAUCGAUGCAGUACAAGGAUACAACUAUGUGGAAUGCUACAAUAUUUGGAUUGGGAGAAAACGAUGAAGGCGAGGAAGGUUUGAAGCUUUUUACUAGAAUGAUAAGGUUAGGUCCACGUCUUGAUAAAGCUACGUUUACGAGUGUUUUAACAAUUUGUUCUGACCUGGAAACUUUGCAGCUUGGUAGGCAAACGCAUGCACUUAUUCUAAAAGAAGGAUUCAAUGGGUUUGUCGCCGUCUCAAAUGCUAUGAUUAAUAUGUAUGCAAGAUGUGGAAACAUGGAUUGUGCCUUCAUGGAGUUCUCUUCCAUGUCGGAUAGGGAUGUUAUUUCUUGGAAUUCUAUCAUUUGUGGGUUUGCUCACCAUGGAAAUGGCGAAGAUGCUCUGGAAAUGUUUGAAAAAAUGAAAUUGGCUAACAUAGAACCUAAUCAUAUAACUUUUAUUGGUGUACUAUCUGCCUGUAGCCAUAAAGGUCUGGUCGACAAAGUUGACUUGCUUGGGAGGUUCGGGCUUAUUGAUGAGGCAUUAAGUUUUCUCAUCGAAAUGAAAGCAGAGGAAAUUGAAGUUCCUCCGAGUGUCUGGGGGGCUUUGCUUGGAGCUUGCAGAAUCCAUAAGAAUUAUGAUGUAGGUGUGAUUGCGGGUGAAAAGGUCCUGGAAAAAGAGCCUCAUAACUCUGGAGUAUAUUUGAUCUUAGCAGAAAUGUAUUCAAGAAAUGGGAAAAGGGAGGAUGCUGAAAGGAUUUUGGCAAGAAUGAAGAAUAAUGGAGUUAAGAAACAACCAGGGUGUAGUUGGAUUGAAGUAAACAAUUGUUGGUACGUUUUUCUUUCUGGAGAUUGUUCAAAUCCUCAUUUUGAUAGAAUCUGUUAUGUUGUUAAGUUGUUAAAUCUGGAGAUAAAUGGAAUUCUAAGUUAA